AUGUUCCUGCAGAUAGCCUGUGUUCCAGCCAGGCAGCCUGCGUUCCUACCAGCCAGCCUGUGUUCCUGCCAGCCAGCCUGUGUUCCUGGCACCCAGCCAGCGUUCCUGCCAGCCAGCCCACCAGCCAGGCAGUGUUCCUGCCAGCCACACUGCGUUCCUGCCAGCCAGCCUGUUUUCCUGCCAGCCAGCCUGUGUUCCUGCCAGCCAGCCAGCGUUACUGCCAGCCACACCGCCAGCCUGCCAGUGUUCCUGCCAUACAGCCCGCGUUCCCGUCAGCCAGUCUGCGUUACUCCCAGCCAUCCUGUGUUCCUGCUGGACAGCCUGCGCUCCUGCCAGCCGGCAUGCAUCCCUGCAAGCCAGCCUUUGUUCCUGCCAGCCACCCAGCGCUCCUGCCAGUCAGCCAGCGUACUUGCCAGCCAGAGAUCCUGCCAGCCAGCCAGCCAGCCAGCAAGUGUUCCUGGAAGCCGACCUAUGAUCCUACCAGCCACCCUGCGUUCCUGCCAGCCAGCCUGUGUUCCUGCCAGACAGACAGCGUUCCUGCCAGCUAGCGUUGCUGCCGGCCAGCCACCCAGCCAGCCAGUGUUCCUGCCAGCCGCCAACGUUCCUGCCAGACAGCCAGCAAGCAAGACAUUGUUCCUGCCAGCCAGCCUGCAUUCCUGCCAGCCAGCCAGCCCGCCAGCCAGCCAGUGUUCCUGUCAGCCAGCCUGUGUUACUGUCAGCCAGCCUGCGUUCCUGCCAGCCAGGCUGUGUUCCUGCCAGCCAGCCAGCAUUGCUGUCAGCCAGCGUUCCUGCCAGCCAGACAGCCAGCCAGUGUUCCUGCCAGCCAGCCUGUAUUCCCGACAGCCAGCCUGCGUUCCUCCCAGCCACCCUGUGUUCCUGCUACCCAGGAUGCGUUCCUGCCUGCCGGCCUGCAUUCCUGACAGCCAGCCUGUUUUCCUGCCAGGCAACCAGCGUUCCUGCCUGCCAGCGUUCCUGCCAGCCAGCCAGCGAGAGUUCCUGACAGCCAGCCUGCGUUCCUGGCAGCCAGCCUGCGUUCCUGCCAGCCAGCCUGUGUUCCAGCCAGCCAGCGUUGCUGCCAGUCAAGGGUCCUGCCAGCCAGCCAGCCAGCCAGCCAGUGUUCCUGCCAGCCAGCCUGUGUUCCAGCCAGGCAGCCUGCGUUCCUACCAGCCAGCCUGUGUUCCUGCCAGCCAGCCUGUGUUCCUGGCACCCAGCCAGCGUCCCUGCCAGCCAGCCCGCCAGCCAGGCAGUGUUCCUGCCAGCCACCCUGCGUUCCUGCUAGCCAGCCUGUUUCCUGCCAGCCAGCCUGUGUUCCUGCCAGCCAGCCAGCGUUACUGCCAGCCAGCCCGCCAGCCAGCCAGUGUUCCUGCCAGACAGCCCGCGUUCCUGUCAGCCAGUCUGCGUUACUCCCAGCCAACCUGUGUUCCUGCUGGCCAGCCUGCGCUCCUGCCAGCUGGCAUGCAUCCCUGCAAGCCAGCCUUUGUUCCUGCCAGCCACCCUGCGUUCCUGCCAGCCAGCCUGUGUUCCUGCCAGACAGACAGCGUUCCUGCCAGCUACCGUUGCUGCCGGCCAGCCACCCAGCCAACCAGUGUUCCUGCCAGCCAGCCUGUGUUCCAGCCAACCAGCCUGCGUUCCUACCAGCCAGCCUGCGUUCAUGCCAGCCUGCCUGUGUUCCUGCCAUCCAGCCAACGUUCCUGCCAGCCAGCCAGCAAGCAAGACAUUGUUCCUGCCAGCCAGCCUGCAUUCCUGCCAGCCAGCCUGCAUUCCUGCCAUCCAGCCUAUGUUCCUGCCAGCCAGCCUGCGUUCCUGCCAGGCAGCCUGAGUUCCUGCCAGCCGGCCUGCGUUCCUGCCACCCAGCCAUCGUUCCUGCCGGCCAGGCAGGCAGCCACUACUGUUCCUGCCAGCCAUCCAGCGUUCAUGUCAGUCAGCGUUACUGCCAGCCAUCCAGACAGCAUGUCAGUGUUCCUGCCUGCAUCCUGUGUUCCUACCAGCCAGCCUGCGUUCCUGCCAGCCAGCCUGUGUUCCUGCCAGACAGCCAGCCAGUGUUCCUACCAGCCAGCCUGCGUUCCUUCCAACCAGCCUGCAUACCCGCCAGGCAACCUGUGUUCCAGCCAGCCAGCCUGCAUUACUACCAGACAGCCUGCGUUCCGGCCAGCCAGCCUGUGUUCCUCCCAGCACCCUGGGUUCCUGCCAGCCUGCCAGCGCUCCUCCCAGCCAGCCAGCGAUGCUGACAGUCAACAUUCCUGCCACCCUGCCAGACAGCCAUGCAUUGUUCCUGGCAGCCAUCCUGCGUUCCUGUCUGCCAACCUGCGUUCAUGUCAGCCUGUCUGCGUUCCUACCACCCAGCCUGCAUUCCUGCAAGCCAGCCUGUACUCCUGCCAGCCACCAGAGAGCGUUCCUGCCAGCCAGGGUUCCAGCCAGCCACCCAGCCACCCAGCCAAUGUUCCUGCAGAUAGCCUGCGUUCCUGCCAGCCAGCGUGCGUUCCUGCCAGCCAGCCUGUGAUCGUGCCAGGCAGCCUGCGUUCCUGCCAGCCAGCCGGUGUUCCAGCCAGCCAGAGAGCAUUCCUGUCAGCCGGUGUACAUGCCAAUCAGCCAGCCAGUGUUCCUGCCAGCCAGCCUUCGUUCCUGCUAGCCAAACUGCAUUACUCCCAAUUAGCCUGUGUUCCUGCCAGCAAGCCAGCGCUCCUGCCAGCCAGCCAGCGUACUUGCCAGCCAGCGUUCCUGCCCGCCAGCCAGCCAGCCAGCCAGUGUUCCUGGAAUCCAGCCUGUGUUCCUACCAGCCAGGCUGCGUUCCUGCCAGCCAGCCUGGGUUUUUGCCAGCCAGCCAGCGUUCCCGCCAGUCAGUGUUCCUGCCUGGCUGCCAUCCAGCCAACCAGUGUUCCUGCCAGCCAGCCUGUGUUCCAGCCAGGCAGCCAUCGUUCCUACCAGCCAGCCUGCGUUCCUGCCAGCCUGCCUGUGUUCCUGACAGGUAGCCAGCGUUCCUACCAGACAACGUUCCUGCCAGCCAGCCAGCCAGCCAGUGUCCCUGCGAGCCAACCUGCGUUCCUGCCAGACAGCCUUCGUUCCUGCCAACCAGCCUGUGUUCCAGCGAGGCACCCAUCGUUCCUACCAGCCAGCUUGCGUUCCUGCCAGCCAGCCAGUGUUCCUGCCAGCCAGCCAGCCAGCCAGCCAGUGUUCUUGCUAGCCAACCUGUGUUCCAGCAUGGCAGCCUGCGUUCCUAUCAGCCAGCCUACGUUCCUGCCAGCCAGACUGUGUUCCUGCCAGCCAUCCAGCGUUCCUGCCAGCCAGCCCGCCGGAAAUCGAGUGUUCCUGCCAGCCAGCCUGCGUUCCUGCCAGCCAGCGUGCGUUCCUGCCAGCCAGCCUGUGUCUCUCUCAGCCAGCCUGCGUUCCUGCCAGCCAGCCGGUGUUCCAGGCAGGCAGCCAGCAUUCCUGCCAGCCGGCGUCCCUGCCAGUCAGCCAGCCAGUGUUCCUGCCAGCCAGCCCUCGUUCCAGCUAGCCAGUCUGCAUUACUCCCAAUCAGCCUGUGUUCCUGCCAGCCAGCCUGCGUUUCAGCCAGCCAGCCUGCAUUCCUGCCAGCCAGCCUGUGUUCCUGCCAGCCAGCCAGUGCUCCUGCCAGCCAGUCUGCGUUCCUGUGAGCCAGACUGUGUUCGUGCCUGCCAGCCAGCAUUCCUGCCAGCCAGCGUUCCUGCCAGCCAACGAGCCAGCCAGCCAGUGUUCCUGCCAGCCAGCCUGCGUUGCUGCCAGCCAGCCUGA